UCCUCAUUCAAAACAGAACACAGCUGUUGAGGGCGCAUCGCUUCUGUCCUCGGCGAACGCCUGCUCGCAAACGCCCCUAAAGCGGUCUCCUUUCUUGUCCAUCUUCUUCUCCCUAAGACCUGUUGGAAUAUUCCACGGAGACGACCGAAUAAGAAGGAGAGAACGCCCUUCGGUGCGCGGGAAAUGUGCAUCAGCUUCUGAGUGAGACGCACAACGAAGAAGACCGCGACGCACAGCGAGAGGCUCGACGCUCGCCCCCACCAUCAUGCUCAUCUGACACACAAACCGGGCAGGGCGGGCUUUGCUGCAGCUGAGGAUGACGAACGACGCUCUCCUGCGCUAAAGCUGGAUGGUGUGGGAAUGAUGGACUUCCCAAAUGGCCAAUCAAGCCUCGCCCCGACUGCUGCGACGGCCUCUGAGAGGAGCAGCAGCUCAGAAUCUCUCAGUGAUAAGACUUCGUCCGAGCUGAAGAAGAGCUUUGAUGCUGUUGUCUUCGACGUGCUGAAGGUCACACCGGAGGAAUAUGCUGGCCAGAUUACGCUCAUGGACGCUCCUGUGUUCAAGGCCAUCCAGCCGGAGGAGCUGUCAAGCUGCGGUUGGAACAAGAAGGAGAAGCACAGCUCAGCUCCUAAUGUGGUGGCCUUCACGCGCAGGUUCAACCAGACUAGCUUCUGGGUAGUUCGGGAGAUCCUCCACGCGCAGACGUUAAAGAUAAGAGCCGAGGUGCUGAGCCUUUACAUCCGCACCGCCAAGAAAUUGUGCGAAAUGAACAACCUCCACGCGGUUAUAGCGGUGGUGUCGGGCCUACAAAGCGCUCCCAUCUUCAGGCUGACCAAAACAUGGGCGUUACUGAGUCGGAAGGACAAAGCCACGUUUGACCGGCUCGACUUCCUGAUGUCCAAAGAAGACAAUUACAAACGUCUGCGGGACUACAUAAGCAGCCAGAGCAUGGUGUCCUGUAUACCCUACUUAGGAAUGUACCUGUCCGACCUGACGUACGUCGACUCCGCCUACCCCUCUACGGGCAGCAUCCUGGAGAACGAGCAGCGAUCAAACCUGAUGAAUAACAUUCUCAGAAUCAUAUCGGACUUACAGAGAUCCUGUACCUACGACAUAUCAGUGUUGCCUCAUAUCCAGAAGUAUCUCAACUCAGUCCGCUACAUCGAGGAGCUUCAGAAGUUUGUGGAGGACGACAACUACAAGUUAUCGCAGAGGAUCGAGCCUGGCACCAGCACGCCACGGGCAAACGCCUCCAAAGAGGAUCUAGCCGGACAAGAGGCGUCGCCGUCUCCUCUCUGCGGCCGUAAAUGCUCGGUGGCGGCCGAAGCCUCUAAAGUCCCGGCCACGCCUCCCUCGCCGAGGAACCUGCUGCCCUACGGACACAGGAAGUGUCACAGUCUGGGAUACAAUAGUUUCAUCCAUAAGAUGAAUACCGUGGAGUUCAAAAGCGCCACCUUCCCCAACGCCGGUUCGCGCCACCUGCUGGACGACAGCGUGAUGGAGAGCAACAGUCCCACCAGGGGCCAAGCGGAGAGCUCCACUCUGUCCAGCGGCAUUUCACUUGGGAGCAGCGAGGGCUCGGAGCUCAGCGAGGAGGUGUCGUGGCCUGCCUUUGAGAGGACUCGGUUCUAUCACUCUCUGGGCCCAGUGACCCGUGUGGCCCGCAUCCCCUACAGAGGAGUCCUGAGGCCCAGCAGCUCAGCAGAGUCGGAGGAGCUGGCGGUUCACUUGUAUCCCGGGGCGGUCACGGUCCAAGGCGUGCUGAGGCGGAAAACCGUACUCAAGGAGGGCAAGAAGCCAACGGUGGCGUCAUGGACCAAAUUCUGGGUGGCUCUUUGCAGUACCCAACUUUACUACUAUCCUGUCAAGUCCCUGAAGGCCACUGAGAGGAAACAUUUCAAGUCAAAGUCCAGCAAGAGUGUGUGUGUGGUGGGUCUGAUGGCCAUGAUGGCGGACGAUCCAGAGCAUCCCGAUGUCUUCAUGCUGACCGACUCGGAGAAUGGUAACACCUACAAGUACCAAGCGGGCAACCGGAUGAACGCCUUGCUGUGGUUCAAACACCUGAGCGCCGCGUGUCAGCGCAACAGACAACAGGUGCCGACCAAUCUGAUGUCAUUCGAGUGAGCAGUGCUGAGGUCAGCAGCGAGCUAGCGGCUGAGGAGGACCAGGAGGAGGCGGAGUCUUGACGCACCAAUGGGAGCUUUCACUGCCCAAUAUCCCCCACACGACCCACCCACCCACCCUGGCACCUCCCACUGCAGCCUCACCUGCCACCACUGCCUUAACGAACCCUGUGUGUGUGUAUGGACGUGUGUGUGUGUGUAUGGACGUGUGUUAGACUACUGAACAAGGACGUGCACCACUCUGCUCUUUGAUUUGAGCGCCAGUGUCCAGCACUCGAGUGGAGCCCCGCCUCCUCUCGCACUGGCUCCACCCCCACACUCAUGUUGGACUAACCCCUCCUCCUCCUCCUCCUUUUUUUUUUUUUUUACUCGAGGGUCCAGACUUUGAACAAAAAAAACAAAAAAAUCCCCUCCCUCACUUUUGUGUGGAAUAAGAAGAUUUGACGUCCUCGUGUUGGUUUUGCAACCGAAGGGCUUCGCUCGGCGUCACUUCCUUUUUAUGAGAGGACACAAGCCCCGCCCCCUCCCGUGUCUCGUGUGUUGUACAUAAAGUGUGUGAGGCGCCACCUCCUCCAUCCAGGCUAGAAAGGAAAGACAUGUUUGGAGGACGUGCGAGCGCACCUUUUCAAGCUACUCGGAGCCAAACUGAAAGCGAAAGUUUGCAGUAUUAUCCCAUUUACUUGUGGUGGAGUCUGUUACAUGUGAACGUUACUUCCUGUCACGUUCCACCUUUUAUCACGUGACUUUUACCUUUGCUGCUGGAUGGACUGCAGCUUCCUGUUUGCACGGAGAUGCCGGGAAAAUGGCCGUGUCCUUCGACCCGCGGUCACGUGAUCGCCACAACUAACAGUUAGUUCUCCCUCACAACGCCUGCCAUUCUGUCGGAGAAGACGAUGCAGGGAGAAAAAACUUUUUUUCCAGGCAGUACAAAUUUCGCGGCGUCCAUUUUGAUAUUCUUUCAAUACAUGACAACCUAAAAAUCUUCUUGUCUCCCAACUUUUUUCCUCAUUAAAAGCUCAUUUAUUUGUUAGCAUGACCCAAA